AAAGAUCGAUCAAUCUACUAUAUGGCAAUUUCGGACCCCAAAUCAUAAAAAUGCCUCUGAUUAACACAUUCGAUUACAAUAAAUUCCACGCAAUUACCGAACGGUUCAAAUCGAAACGGAAGCCGAGCAAGCAGGCCAGUGCAGAUAGCAAAUUCAGAACGUCCAAUUCAUCGAAUAGAAAUAAUAAAACCACGUUAACAAACACAGUCGUGGUGGCCCCUCCUGCAAUAAGCGUAAUGAGAUUAGAUAGUCACAUGCAAACGAGAUCCGGGGAGAACGUUUACCUAUCGUCAACCAUUCACCCUAAUGUUGAUUUAAAUGCGCACCUAUCACCAAAAAAAGAAAACCCGUUGAAUUGCGUAAACACAAAACUAUCCGGAGAUAGACUAAACGAAUUGAAAGCGAUGCGCCAGCAUUUGGCUAAUAUUACAUGGGAACAGCGCGAAAAACCGACGUUUGAGCCCCGUCAAUCGACUUUGGAAUCCCUUAAACGAGCUAUUGAAAGGGAUAAAAAAUCCGAUUCGAGAGAACACAAGGGGAUCGGAACGAGCGAUUUAAAUUUCGACAAGACGCAUUUUUCAAACGCCAUGACAUCGACGACCAGCAGGACGGCAACCACGCAAACGAAGGGCAAGAAACAUCGCAAAGAAAAAAUCACUACGGCCAAGAAAAUAAACAAGGCGAAGAAGAAAAAGAAGAAGCACUCGAAAAACACGGUUCCAUCUUCUAGGCACAAAGAGUAAGUAGCACGUCGACGAAGGAUAAUUUUACUCUUAAGUAAUAAAAUGUUUGUAAACAUUGUAUAAAGCGCACAUUUUGUAAAGUAGAACUUUCUCUGUAAUAUUAAAAUCUUG